AGAAGUGGAGAGAGCUGAGCCUGGGCUGAACACACCAUGGGAGCAAACACCUCCAGCAAGUCACCGCCCUUCGAUGAAAACGAAGAUGUCACCUUCGACCAUUUUGAAAUUUUGCGAGCUAUUGGGAAGGGCAGCUUUGGAAAAGUCUGCGUUGUGCAAAAGAAUGACACCAAGAAGAUGUAUGCCAUGAAAUACAUGAAUAAACAAAAGUGCGUGGAGCGUAAUGAAGUGAGAAAUGUUUUCAAGGAGCUGCAGAUUAUGCAGGGCCUGGAGCACCCCUUCUUAGUUAAUUUAUGGUACUCGUUCCAGGAUGAAGAAGAUAUGUUUAUGGUUGUAGACCUGCUGCUUGGAGGGGACCUGCGUUACCAUCUCCAACAAAACGUGCGGUUCCAAGAAGGCACUGUGAAACUCUUCAUCUGUGAGCUGGUGCUGGCCCUCGACUAUCUCCAGAGCAGGCACAUCAUCCACAGAGACAUCAAGCCUGACAACAUUUUACUGGAUGAGCAUGGACACGUGCAUAUCACCGAUUUCAAUAUUGCCACGAUGCUGACUAAAGAAAUACAAGUCACCACCAUUGCUGGCACAAAGCCGUAUAUGGCACCUGAAAUGUUUAACUCCACAAAACCCACCGGCUAUUCCUUCGCUGUGGACUGGUGGUCAUUGGGAAUCACUGCCUACGAGCUGCUCAGGACCCGGAGGCCAUAUCAUAUUCGCUCCAACACUUCCACAAAUGAAAUCGCUCACGUGUUCAAGACGGCUACAGUGAUGUACCCUGCUGCUUGGUCCACAGGCAUGGUGUCGCUAAUCAAAAAGUUGCUUGAGCCAAACCCCGAGAAGCGUUUUUCUCAGCUGAAAGAUAUCCAGGACUUUCCGUAUCUGUCAGAUGUGAACUGGGAUGCUGUUCUCCAGAAAAGGAUAAUGCCAGAAUUCAUUCCCACAAAAGGCAGACUGAACUGUGACCCAACCUUUGAACUGGAAGAAAUGAUCCUAGAAUCCAAACCUCUUCACAAGAAAAAAAAACGCUUGGCUAAGAAGGAGAAAGACACCAGCAAAAACAAUUCCUCCCAGGCCUGCCAUCUUCAAAAGCACCUAGAGAUGCUCCAGAGGGACUUCAUUGUUUUCAACAGAGAAAAGGUGAGACACCACCACGACGACAUCCAGACCAUAACACUGGCAAAAAGCAGAGGCACGUACAAGGACAACUAGAACAACAUCUGAGAGCAGCGCAGCCCCUGCUGGAGCUUUCCUCGUGGGGCCAGCGCACACCCACCCGCACACCUUCACGAUGCUGGGCCAUCGGACUCGUCCACUGCUGCCGGGACAGUUCUGAUAGCCCAGGGCAG